CUCUGAGGCGAGGCAGGGCGGGUUGGUUGGUUGUGUUGCCGGCCCCGAGCCUAGCGAGGAGGGCUCCUCUGACGUCCGUUCGAUCUUUCCGAUAGAACCCAGCCCCGGAGAAGGGGCUGCCCUCCCGGCGCUGAGCGGUUUCUGGAUUGCCACGGGGCCGCCUCGAGCGCCGCAGCCCUCCAGCAACUAGCAGCGAGUGGGGCCGCCGUGGGCUGUGCGAAGAUGGGGAGGCUGGCUGGUCUGGUCCGCCCAGGCGGAGGGUGGCGUUGGGGCCCCAGCCUUGCCUUCGUCGGUCUGCUAGCGCUGCUCCCCGGCCGGGUAUUUUCAGACUCCUGUGUCUGGUACGGUCAGUGUGGAAAUGCUUCUGAUGAUAAAAGGUACAAUUGUAAAUAUGAUGGACCACCACUGCCUCUACCAAAGGAUGGCUAUGAACUAAUACAGGAACUCUGCCCAGGUUUCUUCUAUGGGAAUGUUAGUCUUUGUUGUGAUGUGCCGCAGCUUCAGAGUUUCAAAGCCAACUUGGACCUUCCUUUGCAGUUUCUUUCCAGGUGUCCAUCAUGUUUUUAUAACUUCGUAAAUCUGUUCUGUGAGCUAACCUGCGGUCCUCAUCAGUCCAAGUUUCUAAAUGUCACACAAACGCUUCCAUAUUAUGAUCCUGUUAGCAAAGAGAACAAAACCAGCAUCACAGAGCUGCAGUAUUACAUUGGAAAAACAUUUGCUAAUUCUAUGUAUAAUGCCUGUAAAGAUGUGGAAGCUCCAUCAAGCAAUGUUAAAGCAUUAGGACUGUUGUGUGGGAGAGAUGUUAAAGAAUGCAAUGCAACCAAUUGGAUUCAGUAUAUGUUCAGCAAGGAUAAUGGUCAGGCUCCAUUCAACAUCAUUGCAGUUUUUUCAGAUGUUUCCAUCCAUGGAAUGACUCCUAUGAAUAAUGCCACCAAAGGCUGCAACGAGUCUGUGGAUGACUCUACAGGGCCGUGCAGCUGUCAGGACUGUUCUGCUGUCUGUGGUCCCAAACCAAAGCCCCCUCCACCUCCCGCACCAUGGCUUUUGCUUGGUUUGGAUGCUAUGUAUGUCAUCAUGUGGAUCUCCUACAUGGGAUUUUUACUUGUGUUUUUUGCAGUGGUUUUGGGAGUCUGGUGUUACAGGAAGAGGCACUUUGUUUCUGAGUACACACCUAUUGACAGCAACAUUGCUUAUUCUGUUAAUUCACACCAGAAUACUGGUGAUGCUUCUUGGUGUGAAAGGCUUGGUGAGAAGUUUGAGAAUGCGUUAAGAGUCACAUUCACAUCAUGGGGAGCUUUCUGUGUCCGAAAUCCCAGGCCUGUUAUUGUCUUCUCCCUGGUUAUUAUUGCCAUGUGCUCCUCAGGCCUGAUGUUUGUGAAAGUAACUACAAACCCCAUAGAUCUCUGGUCAUCACCCCGUAGUCAAGCUCGUAAAGAGAAGGAGUAUUUUGACACUCACUUUGGACCUUUCUUCCGUACUGAGCAACUUAUUAUUCAAGCUCCAAAUACCAAGCCGGAGAUCUACUCGCCGUACCCAUCAGGAGCAGAUGUUCCCUUUGGGCCACCCCUUACCAAAGAGAUCUUACAUCAGGUGCUAGAUUUGCAGGAUGCUAUUGAAGAUAUAACUGCUUAUUAUAACAAUGACACCGUAAUGCUGAAGGACAUUUGCCUGGCCCCUCUUUCCCCCUACAACAACAACUGUACCAUCCUGAGUGUACUCAACUAUUUCCAGAACAGUCAUUCUGUCCUUGAUCAUUCAGACGGUGACUCCUUUUUUGUCUACGCAGAUUACCACUCUCACUUCCUGUACUGUGUCCAGGCUCCAGCAUCUCUGAAUGAUACAACCCCACUUCAUGAUCCAUGCUUGGCAACAUUCGGUGGACCUGUAUUUCCAUGGCUGGUGUUGGGUGGAUAUGAUGGUGACAACUACAAUAAUGCCACAGCCCUUGUGAUUACAUUUCCUGUUAAGAAUUUUUACAAUGACACAGGCAAACUGAUGAAAGCUCUGGCUUGGGAAAAGGAGUUCCUCCAUUUUGUGAAAAACUACAACAACUCAAACUUGACCAUUUCCUUCUCUGCCGAACGCAGCAUUGAAGAUGAAAUAAACCGGGAAAGCUAUGGUGAUGUCAACACUGUUCUAAUUAGCUAUGUCGUCAUGUUCGUGUACAUCUCCAUAGCUCUGGGGCACAUCAAGAGUGCUAGAAGGUUCUUGGUGGAUUCAAAAAUCUCCUUAGGCAUUGCAGGCGUUAUCAUUGUGCUGAGUUCAGUGGCAUGUUCUCUGGGAAUCUUCAGCUACUUUGGAGUCCCAUUAACGCUGAUUGUGAUUGAAGUCAUUCCGUUUUUGGUGCUGGCUGUUGGCGUAGACAACUUAUUCAUUAUUGUUCAGACUUUUCAGAGAGACGUCCGUCUUCAAGGUGAAACCCUAGAUAAGCAGAUAGGACGAAUCCUUGGAGAUGUGGCUCCUAGCAUGUUCCUGUCAUCAUUUUCAGAGGCAGUGGCUUUUUUCUUGGGGACUUUGUCUACCAUGCCUGCUGUUCGUACUUUCUCGCUGUUUGCUGCAGUGGCUAUAUUCAUUGAUUUCCUCCUGCAGGUUACCUGCUUUGUUAGUCUCUUAGGACUGGAUGUUAAGCGUCAAGAGAAAAAUCAGUUGGAUAUUUUAUGUUGCUUCAAAGGCGGCGAAGAGCGUGGCAGUGUGCAGCACUCUGAAAGUGUCUUGUUUCUGUUCUUCAAAAACAUAUAUUCUCCAUUUCUUCUUAAGGAUUGGAUGAGACCCAUUGUGAUAUCUAUAUUUGUGGGUAUUCUGUCAUUCAGUGUAUCAGUUGUCAACAAAGUAGAGAUUGGCCUGGACCAGAGAUUAUCUAUGCCAGAUGACUCAUAUAUGCUGGAUUACUUCAACUCCCUUAGCAAAUACUUGCAUGCAGGUCCUCCAGUAUAUUUUGUGCUAGAAGAAGGCCACGAUUAUACUACUCUGGAUGGACAGAAUAUGGUGUGUGGUGGAAUGGGAUGCAACAACAAUUCUCUAGUGCAGCAAGUAUUCGAUGCAGCACAGAUUAGUAGCUACACAAAAAUUGGCUAUACUCCUUCCUCUUGGCUUGAUGACUACUUUGACUGGGUUAAACCGCAGUCUUCCUGCUGCAGAGUCUAUAACGCCACAGAACAGUUCUGCAAUGCUUCAGUUGUUAAUCCAUCCUGUGUGCGCUGCCGGCCACUAACUCCUGAAGGGAAGCAGAGACCCCAGGGUGAAGACUUCAUGAAAUUUCUCCCAAUGUUCCUGUCAGAUAACCCUAAUCCAAAAUGUGGGAAAGGAGGGCAUGCAGCAUAUAGCUCUGCAGUUGACUUAAUACACAACAACACUGAAGUUGGAGCAACUUACUUCAUGACUUUCCAUACAGUGCUAAAAACCUCAGCAGACUUCAUUGAUGCAAUGAAGAAAGCACAAAUGAUAGCAGCCAAUAUUACGAAAACAAUGGGAAUCCAAGAAAAGAGCUACCAUGUUUUCCCUUACAGUGUGUUCUACGUUUUUUAUGAACAAUACUUGACUAUUGUGAGAGAUACCAUUUUCAACCUUGCCAUUUCACUUGGAUCAAUAUUUGUAGUAACAAUGGUACUGCUUGGCUGUGAAGUGUGGGCUGCCGUUGUUGUUUCCCUUACCAUUGCUAUGAUACUAGUGAACAUGUUUGGAGUCAUGUGGCUUUGGGGAAUCAGCUUGAAUGCGGUUUCAUUGGUCAACCUUGUAGUGAGCUGUGGCAUUUCCGUUGAGUUCUGUAGCCACGUGACAAGGGCAUUCACAGUCAGUACAAAACCCAGCAGAGCAGAGCGAGCUGAAGAGGCAUUAUCCCACAUGGGCAGUUCUGUUUUCAGCGGUAUUACACUCACAAAAUUUGGAGGAAUAGUAGUGCUUGCCUUUUCAAAAUCCCAAAUCUUCCAGAUAUUCUACUUCAGGAUGUAUCUGGCCAUGGUACUGCUUGGAGCAACCCACGGAUUAAUAUUUCUUCCUGUCCUACUUAGUUACAUUGGGCCUUCAGUAAAUAAAGCUAAAGUACGUGCACUUCAAGAAAGGAACAAAGGUACAGAAAGAGAGAAGCUCCUGUUCUUCUAGCCAUUUUAAACAAAGUGGUCA